AAUUUCCCAUUCCUCAUCUCGUUCUCCAUUGCCACUGACUCAUUGAUUGUGCGAAGAACAAUACAGUAAAAUUCAAAGAACAGCAAAAAGCACUCACACAACGCCACGAUCUUCCCGUUCUUCUCCUUCCCCAUAGGGCUUUCCUUUUUCCGCCACCGCCUCUCUUCAUCGGACUUCCCUUUACCUCUCUGCCUCAGAUUCAUCUCCUUCUUCGCCCCCUUUCUUUCUGCAAAGUUUAUGCGUUAUGGGGGAGAGAACCCCACCUGGGAGUUACUUCCAUUACCCUCCCCCUUCUGCCCAUGCAUCCCCUCACAGGACUCCUUCCAUUCCCUUAGAUCGGGAGAGAUAUCUAGCUGAAUUACUGUCAGAGAGACAGAAGUUGGGUCCCUUUGUGCAAGUUUUACCUCAUUGUAGCAGACUUCUGAAUCAAGAGAUCAAACGUCUAUCGGGCCUUAAUCAAACUUCUGUGGAUCAUGAGAGAUUUGAGCACGGGAGUCCUUACCGUUCACUAGGUCAGCUCUCGAAUGGAAGACCAAUGGACUUGGAAGGUUGGCCUCCAAUGCAAAUGGAGGGAAGUGGACAUGUCCAUGGUAUGGGUUCGCUUCAAGCUCACUCGAUGGGUUGGCCAAGGGUGCAAGGAGGAAUUCCUGCUACGCCGGUAGUUAAAAGAGUCGUUAGACUUGAUGUACCUGUUGACAAAUAUCCAAACUAUAACUUCGUUGGACGACUUCUCGGACCGCGCGGAAACUCCUUGAAAAGGGUCGAAGCCUUAACGGAAUGUCGGGUGUACAUAAGAGGCAAGGGCUCCAUCAAGGAUGCUUUGGAGGAAGAGAAACUAAAGGACAAGCCUGGAUAUGAGCAUCUUAAUGAGCCCUUGCAUCUGUUGGUUGAGGCAGAAUUCCCGGAGGAUACGAUAAACUCGCGCUUGGAUCAUGCCGUAGCCGUUUUAGAAAGCCUAUUGAAGCCUGUGGAUGAAUUGCUUGAUCAAUAUAAGAAGCAACAACUAAGAGAACUCGCAUUACUAAAUGGCACCCUAAGGGAGGAAAGUCCGAGUAUGAGCCCGAGCAUGUCACCGUUUAACAGCACGGGACUGAAACGGGCCAAGACAGGGAGGUAAGGUAAGGUAAGGUAAAGGAGGAGUGAUGACGAGCUUUGUGGUUGACACUGUCUGUUGAAACCAUCUUGAGAGCUUUUGGUGCCUUCUUGUCUUCAGCAGAUGGUCAAGAAUUUUGCUGAUUUUGCUGUGCUAAAUCUGAUAGAUAGGCUUAUGCUAUGCUAUUUGGCUGACCACUUUUUUCCCUAAUAUGGGAGGGAAGGAGAACCCCCUCCCCCAAUUCAACAUUUUUUUCAUUUUUUUUUUUUUUUUUUUCUCUAAGGUAGCUAUUUAAUUUAGGUUAAAUUAUAAGUGCACCCCAUAAACUUUAAUCAUUAUGCCGAUUUAGUUCUUAAAUUUUUAUCCAA